CGCCAGCACCGGCAAGUCGGAGGCAGCUCCGUCUGGGCAGCCCAGGACCCCUCGCCGCUGGAAAGGCCGAUCGGCUCUGUCGCUGCUCCGGCUUCAUGGCCAGGCACAGCCGGCUUCAACGCGAGGUGCUCGGCCUCUACCGGCAGUUCCUGCGCGCCUGCCGAGGCAAGCCGGGCUUCCUGCCGCGGGUGCAGGCCGAGUUCCGCCGGGCGGCCCGCAUCCCGCGCACCGACGUGCUGCUCAUCGAGUACCUGCUGCGCCGCGGUCAGAGGCAGCUGGAGCAGCUCCGGGAAGGGCACGCCACGAGGAUGGGCUUCUUCGCCCCGGGGAGGCUGCAGGAGCAGGAGAAAGGAGAGGACGCGCAAUCCUGAAGGGGAGGAUCGCUCUUCGUUGGGGCGCAGCGAUGCCCGCUCUUGCUGCAGCAAACCCGGAGCGGCGGAGGGCGGGGAAGCCCCCCCCCCCCUGUUUUACAAAAGCGUCCGCGAAGGAGGCUACCGAGAAGAGGCUGGUCUCUCCGGAGUUACGUGGUGUGCAUUUGAAACUAGCAUUUGCAGCUUGAAGCUUUGCAGGAGAAGAUUGCGUGGCUCCCCAGUCAGCCCCAUCCCUCCUUGGUGGGAGGGGGACAGCCGUCACCAAUGCACGGGACCCCCGGCAAGCUUCCUCUUGGCACUCUUGCCCCGGUAUUAUACUGAGGGCCCCUCCUGCAGGGAUCCCUUCCAAACCUGGUGUAAACCUCCUACACGGGG